AUGGAGAUAGGUCACUUCUUGGACCUUUCAUCCUGUAUUAAUAAUCGACGCAAUUUAUUCCGGAUUCCUAGGGCGUGGAAACAAGAGAAGAAGAAAUAUCCGCUUGCUGAAUACCCAACAAAUUACGAAAUUGAGAAUUACCCUAUUACGCGUCUUGAUGGUGAAGAGGGCACGGUGGAGGACUCGGCGAGAGAGUUAGUGGAUGAUAUGAAGGACCGAAACAUGCCGUUUUCCUACUUGACCCUGGGUAAGGCUCUUUCGAGGGCAAUGGGCUGGGACUGA